AUGGAUCAUGUGCUGAAGAUUGCAGACAGUUACGUCUUCACUCCCUAUGUUUACCCCUCUUCAUGGCCCGAGGAUGGGACUCUGCGUCAGUUAAUCAGUCUAUGGGUGGUGACCAACCUGGGGGGUCAGUUGAUUUACCUGGGCUUUGGCCUUCUCAGCUUCUACUAUGUGUUUGAUCAUAGGCUUAUGAAACAUCCACUCUUCAUCAAGGUAAGAUGUUUGAUGGACCACAACCUAUUUGUCUCUGUUGCCGUUGGUGGACAGUAGACCUACACCUUCAUCUGAAUCCUGGCUUUGUAUCUCUCAUCUGACAGAACCAGGUGGGGAAAGAGAUUAGACUGGGGGCCAACUCUAUCUUCUGGAUGAGCUUCCCCACAGUGGCCCUUUUCUUCUGGGAGAUCAGAGGUUACAGCAAACUUUAUGACAACAUCAGUGAAUCCUCUAUGGGUAAGACCAGGAUUUCAGCAUUGGCAGCCCAUGAAUAUUAACUUAACUCAGUGAGAAACAACUGCAUUGGAAGAUUUAUAAUGACUGACCCAAAUGAGAACCUCAAGCUCACUGUUGCUCUCUGUUUCAGGCUGGCAGGAGAUGAUCCUGAGUAUUGCAGGUUUCUUGUUCUUCACUGACAUGUGUAUUUACUGGAUACACCGAACCAUGCACCAUAAGAAUAUCUACAAGGUAAACGUUAGCUGGAAAUGUUUGUCAAAUAUUUUCCUGUUAAGUUUAGAGUCAACAUAGAAAUAAUUGUAUGUUGACUGUUGGACAAACACAGAUGGGGAGGAUGCAUACAUGACUCUGUUAAGUUACAUCUUUCUGUAAAAGCUUCAUGAGGGGAUUUGUGUUAAGUAACAGUUGAAUGUGCUGUGUUACAAGGCAAAAUGAAUAAAAGUAAUAAAUAUCUGUUGGUCUUCAUCAAAAAGACUCAAAAACUGAAUCUACAUCUAUAUUUUGACUAAUGGUUGGGGAUAGAGAAAGACCGAGCAAUUGUUUGGUCAACUUAUCAGGCUGAUUAUUUGCAUUUUUAAAUAUCUGUCAUCACACUGGUGGCAGGGAUUACAGCCCGACAUCUUUUUAAAAAAAAUCUUUACGCUCUUUAAUUUCUGACUUUUUCUGUUUGUUCGUUUUUUCUCCUCAGCACCUCCACAAGCAGCACCAUAAUUUCAAGAUCCCUACGCCAUUUGCCAGCCAUGCCUUCCACCCCCUGGACGGCUUUCUGCAGAGCUUACCCUAUCACGUCUACCCUUUCAUCUUCCCCCUCCACAAGGUGCUGGUCUUACCAUUUACCAAACAUUUGACAUGACUUCUCAGGCUCCACCUGCUUUUCGAUCAUGUUGCUGUUGUUAGAUUGCCUCUAGAAAUGUCCCUUUGAGCAGACUUUAAUCCUAUUUGUUUGAAAGGCGAUAAAAUGCAUAUAUCACGAUACAUUGUUAAGUCUGUCACACCAACCAUGUUUAAUGUUUCCUCUGCAGGUUGUCUACCUCUUGCUCUUUGUCUUUGUCAACGUUUGGACCAUUUCCAUACAUGAUGGAGACUACCGCAUCCCUGGCCCACUGAUAUGUCUGAUCAACGGUGCUGCUCACCACGUCGACCAUCACCUCUACUUCAACUACAACUACGGUCAAUACUUCACACUCUGGGAUCGAUUGGGGGGGUCCUACCGGCAUCCAUCAGCACUGCUGGGGAAGGGGCCACAUGACCAUGUUCGUAAGCUCUUGGCAGACGCUGCACAAGCACAUUGA